UCCUGAUGGAGUUCCCAAGGGGCAAAUUUCUCAACCAGCAGCAGCAGCAACUAUGGCGGCAAACCACCUGUCAUUUUUGGGCCAGGCCAGGAGAAACGCCUCUAGAAGUAGAGUAAUUGCUCUACUAAUUCGCUAGUCUGGAUUUCGGUUAGAUUCCCAUCCUAAUGAAGUUGUUGUGAUAGCUUUGUCAUCUAACGAUCAGAUCAGACGUCAGGUUUUUCCCGAGCAUAUCUAACCCUAGAAGCUGGAAGACAGCACCCGAGCAUAGCCCUCUCGAGCGUCCAUCCUGGUGCACACGACACGACUCUUUCAAUCCACGCCUCUCAUGCCCGUCUCCCAGGGGCCUACUUGGCAGUCACCUUAUUAUAAGUCCCAAUUGUCGGCUUUCGCCCUAGUCGUCGUCUUGAUUCAAAUUAGUGGCUUUCCUUUUACUAAUCUCUGCAGUCUUUGUGAUCUUCGUAGUUCCAAUCGGUAGAUUCGUCCGGGUAAUCGCGGCCGUCCCAUUCAACCUUGGAAAUGGCGGCACUCUUUUUACACUUAGCUCUGUCGACGCAGCUGUAGCAGCGGGCAGCCAGCCAGCGAACAGCAUGUGGAGGCGAAUGCAUGUGCGAGAACAGUGGAAGUUACCCGUGCGAGUACAAUGGCAGUUACUCUUCGCGGCGCUCGCGCUGACGCUACUGACGCUUCACUCCGCAAACGCCGAGUCUGUCGCAAAGCAGUUGUCGCGAGACUUGGACUCUCCGACCCAAGCCGAGCUUAAAGCCCUGGUUCCCAGGAGGCGCCUGGGGUUCUACUUAUUCGCACGAGGAGGGCAGGAUAAAGUCUUGGGCGAUUUCCUUGUUAAAGAUGCAGCCAAACCGCAGAAACCGUCCCUGCAGCUGCAGCAGCCACUUGAGCAGCAGCGAGAGAAGCGCCAGCAGGAGCAGCAACAGCAGCAGCAAGAGCAAGGAAAGGAGCAUCGAGGGGGGGGAGAAGGGGAUGAGGAGCAAAGAGUAGGGCAGAUGUUGGAGAAUGAGCAGGCAUUAGCCCAGGCGUUGGGGACACGACAGCAUACAGCGCCAAUGCCGCAGCAAGUGCAGGGUGAGACGGAGACGGAAGCAACGCAGGAAGAGCAGGAAAUACCGGGAAAGAAGGCGAAGAAAGACGAGGGUCAGAGGAAAGAAGGGUUAACGGAGGAAGAGAGGAAGGACGAUCAAAGUAGCAAGGAGGGAGAGCAAAAUAGAAAUGAGGGAGAGCAAAAUAGAAAUGAGGGAGAGCAAAAUAGAAAUGAGGGAGAGCAAAAUAGAAAUGAGGGAGAGCAAAAUAGAAAUGAGGGAGAGCAAAAUAGAAAUGAGGGUGAGCAAAAUAGAAAUGAGGGAGAGCAAAAUAUAAAUGAGGGAGAGAGGAAGCAGGAGCAAGGUGAUGGUGGUGGUGGGGAGCACUGGGAAACAGGAGACUGGGAACUCAGCUCAGGCCACAGCAAGGCUCCUGAGACCGCCUCCGCACAGGAAAACGCGAGGAGAAGAGAAGAUGCCGGAAGUCCAAGCUACAGGCAAGGGUCAGGGUUUGAUCGGGCUGCAGCAAGGCGUUCUAUGGUGCAGCGGAGAGAGGACGCGUGCUGGAGCAAGGAGGAGAGGCAGCUAUACCAUACGGCGAAUCCAAACCCCCCUUCAGCGGCGUUCCUGGCAGCAGUUGCAGAGCAUGAGGCGAUGCAGAGGGAGUGCAUGGGCAUGGGCGUGAAACACUGGGAGUGGGUGCGGACUGGCAACUGGGACAAGGACAGGCCGCGCUAUGGAGUAGACAGGAAGCCGUGCCAGUACAUCCACGUCCCGAUUUUCCCUCGAGGCCUGGGCAAUCGCCUAGUGAACCACGUGAAUGCCUUUAUCCUCGCACUUGUAACCCAACGAGCCAUCAUCACCACUCCCUGGUCCUUUGUCGUCCGCCGCCUCUGCAACCCCUUCAACUCCACCUCCUGGGCGCUGCCCUGGCACGUGCACAAGUCGUUCGUUAACUCGGUCAAGAACCAGUCGGUGGAGUUUAAAGACAUCGUUAAGUACCACGCCAGGCAAGGAGAGCUGAAAGAAGGAGAAGCGGCAGGAGCAGCAGCAGCAGGAGCAGGAGGAGGAGGAGGAGCAGAGGGACUAUUGGAACUGUCUAGGGAUGAGGUGGAUGCAGUGGUGCGCAACCAUACUGUCAACAUCCACCUGGCUGGCAGGGGCAUGCACACCUUUUGCACCGAUGCAUGGGCGGCCAUUGACUCAGCUGUCUUCUGGAGCAUGGCCAUCGACGUCUACUUCGUGCCCAGCCUCUACUACCUCCCCAGAUACGCUGCAGCCCUAAAUAGAUUAUUCCCCGACCACCGCGUUUUGACUCACACCGCUCGCUUCCUUCUGCACCCCGACAACCAGCUCUGGGCAGCAAUCACUCGUCUCUUCCACGCCAACCUGGCACACCACUCCCAUAGAGUCGGCAUUCAGGUCCGAUCGGCUCUUGGGAUUCAUCUCCCAUUGGCUGACCGCGUCCUCUCAUGUGCUGCUGACGUGGCACAGUACCUCCCUCCCAUUGGCUCCAACCAGACACCGACUGCCAACAGUACCGGCCAAACAGGGGGGAGCCAAACACAGGGUUCAGUGGAAGCGGAAGGGUCAGUGGGCGUGUUUGUGGCGUCGUUGAGCACGCAGCACUGGCUGGACAUGCAAGGGCGGUACGCCCUGUAUGGGGCGCAGGACUUGACUCCGCUCAGCUUCUGGACGCUGAGCGAUCAGCGGGCGGAGAAGUGGACAGACACACAGUUCGAGUAUGCUGUCAUGGAGAUGUGGUUACUCAGCUUCUCUGACCGGAUUCUCAUUUCAGACUUCUCUUCCUUUGGCUGGGUGGCACUGGGCCUGGCCGGUAUUGACGGGUACUCCAUGGCGGUUGCUGUCUUGCAUGCCUUCGAGAUCGACUGGCGGAAGGAGAAUCGUCCCGUGUGUGUUUCAAUAUCACCCGAGCCAUGCGACGUGCUGGGCUGCUCUGCCUCUGUGUCUAUGUGCAAGGGUGGACACUCUACGGAGAGCGUGGAGCUAGAGGGCGAUCAGCUGCAUAAUUUCUCGACAUGCCCUGGGUCGUAUCUAGGUAUUCGAGAUAUGAGAGCUUUUUGAUUAGUUUUGUAUGAUAAGGGGCUUCAUUUAUGUUGUAUUAUAUGCUUCAUCUAUUUAAGGAGUCUCUACUCUGUACGUCCUGGUUCUGUCUAUCCUGUAUCGCGGUUAUUG